GCCACGCGGGGUCCACGGGAGAAGACCCGGCCGCCGUGACGUCACGGGGAUUCCCUCUGCCCGGGCUCCGAAGCGGAAGCCGCGUGCUCGGCGCUGCUGCUGCUCCUCCUCCUUCUCUCUGCCGCUUUUUGGUUUCGCUUUCCUGGUGGCGGCGGUGGAGGCGCUUCCCUGCCCGGGGUUGGCGAUUGGAAGUCUCGCCACUCAAGAUGAGUCACGGCUGGGCGGCAGCUGCACCAAAUGCCGUUUGAGGCUGAAACAACGGAAGUCACAAGGUGGAGGAAGUGCAAAGUUGUGCUUGCCUGGAGUUUCGACCGCCUCGAGUCCUGGGUUCAAUUUUGGGCAUCAGCCUUUUAAAGAGGAUUCGGAGCGUCUGAAACAGAACGCAGAAACGUGGAUUGAAGUUGCUGGAAGGAAGAGAUUCUCGUUCAAUGUCGGAAAACGCUUUGGGUCAGCUGGGGAAGUAGUGACCCAGAGAAGAGGAGUCCCCGUGGCUGAACGUGUGGCUGAUGGAGGAGGCAAUAAGGAAAGCUGAGCAGCAAGCCCUGAGGCUGGCGGAGGCGAUCCGCGACGGGGAGGAAGAGAUCGCCCAGCGCUGCGCCCUCUGGCUGGCUGAGCGCCGUGUCCCCGUCAGGGUGCAGCUGGAACCAGAUGCCUAUCCGGAACACGACAUCAGGCUCUGGGUGGGCGUGGAAGACGCCCAGAUGGUCACCCACCCCAUCUUUCUGAAGGUCCAACCUUCCAUGACGAUGGCUUCCCUCAAAGACAUGGUGCACCUCCAUUAUGGCUUCCCUCCCAGCAUCCAGAGGUGGGUGAUUGGACGGAGGCUGCCGCAGGACCACGAGACCCUCCACUACCAAGGCAUCCAGCGGGACGGCGACCAGGCCUACCUCUACUUACUGUCCGCCAAGGCCAAGAAGCUGAACAAAGAAACGGCGAAGCUGGACCACGAACGCAGGCAGCUGGAAGAGUUGGGCAUUACAGAAGGGGUCCUGCUGCCUCGGGGAACUGGCGACUCGGCCUCUUUGGGCUCCUCGACACCAACGGAGCCCUCCCUGACGCUGGACGUGUGCGAGGAAGGCACCGGCCCUGGGCUGACCGUCCCGAUGGAGCCCCCAAAGGUCGGCUGGGAAUGCCCGAAUUGUACGUUUAUCAACAAACCGUCCCGUCCCGGCUGCGAAAUGUGCUGCAGCGAACGACCCCUGAAUUACGUCAUCCCGGAAGGCUAUCAGCUGGAUGCAGAGGAGCGGGAAUGGCUGCAAAGGGAUCUGGAAGCCACACGCCAGUAUGAGCAGGUGGAAGAAGAAGAGAAAGAGAGAAACUAUAAGCAACUCCUGGAGUGGGACAACCAGAACUUGGUGCUUUCUGAGGAAGCCAUUCAGUGUCCAAUCUGCUUCAUGAACCUGGAGCCUGGAGAGGGCGUGACCCUCCGGGAAUGUCUCCAUUCCUUCUGCAAGGACUGCUUGAGGGGGACCAUCCUCAACAGCCCAGAACCGGAGGUCAAAUGUCCCUACAUGGACGAUAACUAUUCUUGUCCCUGGCAGCUGCUGGACCGCGAGAUCAAAGCGCUACUCACGGAGGAAGAAUAUCAGCACUUUCUGGACUUGGGAAUGUCCAUCGCUGAGAAUCGCAGCCGGUCCAGUUUCCACUGCAAAACGACGGACUGCCGGGGUUGGUGCUUCUACGAAGAUGACGUCAACGAGUUCGACUGCCCGGUGUGCCACAAAGUGAACUGCCUGGUUUGUCAGGCUAUUCACGAAAACAUGAACUGCAAGCAAUACCAGGACGAUCUCCAGGUCCGGGCGCAGAACGACCACGCAGCACAACAGACCACGGAGAUGCUGCUGAGACUGGUGCGGGAUAAGGAGGCCAUGUACUGCCCCAGCUGCAGGAUCAUCGUGCAGAAGAAGGAUGGCUGCGACUGGAUCCGUUGCACCGUCUGUCACACGGAGAUUUGCUGGGUGACCAAAGGACCACGCUGGGGACCAGCUGGCUCGGGCGACACCAGCGGGGGCUGCCGUUGCAAAGUGAACGGGGUGUCCUGCCACCCAAAUUGUCAGAACUGUCAUUGAUCCAGAGACUCCUGAAAAAAAAUCAGAUUUUUUUUCCCAGACACUCCGCUCGCCUGCAGGGAAACACGGGAGGCCUGGAUGACAGCCGGGGGUGACUUUGGGACAAUUGCCCGGGGUUCUUCUCCUGCAGGACCAGGGACCUCCGUUCCCACCACGUCCAUCUGGGAAAACACUCCGAGGUGGCCAUGGGGCCGAGGAUGCACAUGGGGGCGUAUUUUCGUCCCCCCACCCUCCUAUGUCGAUCGUGUCCAGAACUUGACUUGUUGGUUAGUUUUCACUCGAGAUGUUGCUUCGUCUUUUUUGUAAAAAAGAAAAAGCAGCAGGACACGAUUCCUUUUUUUUUUUUUUUUUUGAGCUUUCCAGGUCAGAUCUCCGUGAUCUAACGAAGCCACGGAUGGUUGCCACUCGUCGCAGUAGUAAAACCAGACUUUGGAGUUGCGAUUUUAUUUACAAAACAAACCACAAUUCUUCUCCCUUGUUGGUUGUUACGGAACGGGCCCCUUGGCCUACCUUCCCUUUUUCGCUUGUUUUGCUCUAAGGACGUUCCAACUUCCUGCUGUCUUUCGGUCGCCUCUGUGAUUUGAGACCAAAUCCGGAUCAGAUGGAGCUUUGGGGUUAAGGGGGGUUUGUGUGUGUGUGUGUUACCUCCCCCGUUCCCUUCCACCCAAAUCUAGUUUCUGAAAUUGAAGGCAAAAAACAGCACAGAAUCUUUGCAGGGAAUGGGAGAAGUCCGCAGAGUGAAUCUUCAACGGCUGGGAAUUAAAAGUUGUGGAAUUGCUGAAAAGGUCUUCUCUCUUUUUUUUUUGAAAAAAAAAAAAAUGCACCAUUUUGUGAAUUUACUACUUGAAAUUAUAUGAGGAGAUUCUCAGUCAAUCCAGGACGUGGCUGU